AGUAUUUAGGAGACAACAUGACCUACAAGGACCUUCUCAGUCAUGGCGCUAUUUGGCUUCUCAGACAUGACUAUGCUUUUCAAACACCCAGACCUCUCAUGCCCAACAUGGUUUUAAUUGGAGGUAUCAAUUGUGCAAAGAAAGCUCCUCUGCCAGCGGACUUGGAGGAAUUUGUGGAUGGCUCAGGGGAUGACGGCUUUAUUGUCUUUACUCUGGGCUCAAUGGUGUCCAGCAUGCCUGAGGAUAAGGCCAAACUGUUCUUUGAUGCCUUUCGGCAAAUUCCUCAAAGGGUUCUGUGGCGAUACACUGGAGCCCAACCUAAAGAUGUACCCAAGAAUGUGAGACUUUUGAAGUGGUUACCUCAGAAUGAUCUUUUAGCCCAUCCCAAAGCUAAAGUCUUAAUGACUCACGGAGGAUCCCACGGAAUCUAUGAGGGUAUCUGUAAUGCUGUGCCCAUGCUGAUGUUUCCACUGUUUGGGGACCAGGGGGACAAUGUUCACCGCAUGGUGUCCCGUGGUGUUGCAGAGCAACUCACAAUUUAUGAUGUGACGACUGAAAACCUAUUGACUGCGCUUAAUAAAAUCAUCCACGACAAAAGCUACAAAGAGAAUAUGGUGAAGCUGUCUCAGAUUCACCUGGACCGCCCUGUUCAGGUUUUGGACCUGGCUGUUUUCUGGACCGAGUUUGUCAUGAGACACAAAGGAGCCAAACACUUAAGGGUGGCUGCACAUGACUUGAACUGGAUUCAGUAUCAUAGCCUGGAUGUUAUCGGCUUUUUUGUCAUCAUUCUUCUAACUGUUUUGUGGGUGACACUCAAAAGCUGCAUGUUCUGCACCCGUAAGUGUUGCAAAAAGGGGACUCCAAAGAAGAAGCAACAGUAGUGUUUCUAAUGCAACAGUCAUAAGCUUUUAUAAACUCUGUAAUGAAGUAAAUAAUGGAGGUUGAAACACUGCAAUGACAUGUGUACGCGUGUGUGCACGUGCGUGUGUGUGUGUGUCAAUAAUGUACUUUGAGCCACUUUUUUUUUUACCUUUGUCACGGAAGUGUUUUAAAUGUUUAAAACUGCUCUCCCUCACUGGUAACAUUUCUCACAUUUUCACAUACAAUUCCUCAGAGAAAUGUAUUGAUAAAUUCAAGGUUGCAGCGCAUGUGUGAAAGGAGCUAUAGUCUGCCGGUGAGCAGUAGUAUUUCAGGAAUGUACAUAUCAGAGGGCACUCAAAGGCUGUUAUUAGGGAAACAGAUGGCUGGUCACUGUUAUUUACUAAGUGAUGCUAAGGUUUGAAUGUGUAAACUUUCAGUCAAAGUUUUAUUUGGGACCCACAGGCUAAUGUAAGUUUGCGGUCAACAAAAGCUAUGUACUGUUAAUGCGCUAUUUAACAGCCAAUUAUCUUACGCAAGAAGAAUGUCAACUAUUCAUUUUUUUCUCCCUCUGACUCAGCCUACUAAGAAAAAAAGAAAAGCAGGGAAAGUUCUUUUGACAUAUCAUAGCUUUAAUUCAACCAGGAGCCCCUGUAGCCUGUCCAGAAAAGCCCCAAAAGUUGUUCAAUGUGAGCCUUCAGCUUGGUCUGAAGAUAAAUUAAUUGUCACCUUGGAUUCUACCUGUGCCACGUUAAAUUUUAUUAAAUUCAUUAGCACUCAA